AUGGAUGAGACUUUGUACACGGAAAGUGAACUUCGGCUUGUGACAGAAAGACAUCGAAAGUAUCAAGGGACCGCCAAAAUUAAUAUUAGUCAAAUUGUCCCUCACCCGUCUGUCUCUCAUCAUCUGAACGCGACAAAUGUGCGAAGGCUCUGUGAAGUAUUUGACAAAGAAGGUUGCCGACGACUUGAUGUCUACAACCAUGUUAGUGCCGUGGUGUCGAGCCAGCAUCUUCAUGAUGCUCUUCGAUCCGCACAAGUGAGUGCCGCCGAGAUGAUGACUGACCAACCGAAUCGAUACCCACACCUGCAUUUCAACUCCGAUCAGGUAAAGUGCCUACAUGGUCAACAUCGAUUAAAAGCUGGAGAGGAACAUUUGUCACCCAUCGACCAAUGGUGGACUGUCAAUUUGUACUUGGAUGAUAUCAGCCCCGGCCUGCAAACAACCAUAAUUGAAGAAUACUCAAAUGAGAAAGUCCCGACUGACGGUGAGAUUUACCGCAAAGUACGACAAUAUCGAUAUGAGGCAAAUGCACACUUUGAGAAUCGGUGGCUGGCACGGUUGUCAGAGAACAAGGCCAGAAGACUUCGGGGGCUGGAGUCUCAUCCAACUGUCAGAGCUGCUUUUGAUUCCUUGCUUGUCCUACCAUCUCUAGUAGUACAUGGUAUGCAGAUUGGUUCCUUUCCGCAGGCCCUGGCUAUCUGCUGUGAUGAGGAGAUAGUGCAUGCGCUGAAUAGACUUCUACAAUUCUGGUCAUCACUUCUAGGAAACGAUCGUAUCAAAAUGCUUAAGGUCGAUCCACAUACAGUGGAAACCUUACAACUUUUGGCACCUGGUGUUUCUUCGAGAGACAGAACCACUGUGAAAGGGCUUGUGCACAGUGGUGGAAUCAUCGAUCUGGAAACGAUUGAGGAAGACGGAAGGAAUCAUACCGUCUCUACAUACAUUUUCAAAAAUCUGUGGUACCUGGAGUCCUGCGCGAACUGCAUGAAACGACUGAUCACACCAAACAAAUCUUUCCCGACGAUCAGAAGCGCCAUGCGUGCCGCGUUCUUGCCGUUCGACCCUGACAGUGCGCGUUGCUGUAUACAGAUAUCCGAAUCAGAGUUUCGAGAAUAUGCACGCCCUCAGGCUGAUCAUGCAGAGCUUGGAUACAGACAGCUUUGGCUCUAUGCUAUGCGCCAUUACCCAAGGUUAUCCAAAAAGCAGCAAAAGAAGGGCCAUAUCGCAAAACCUCAACGUGAGACGGUGGAUGAUAUGAUCCUGUACGACAUGGCGGUACUUGCAAAGAGGCUUGGAUUUCAAUCACCAGAAAUCGAGCAGCUCAUCCAGCAAUCGCCGGAUCGUCAAAUCGCGCGAGAUGCUCUUUUGAAGGCUCGCCGACCAGAUCGUUACCGGUAUGACGAGGGGGAAGUUGAGACACUCAUCAGCAAAGUCAUCGAUUGUUUCUUGCGGGCCACCACUCUUGACCAUCAGCCACCAAUGAAAUACACCGGGGGAAGAGAAGUCAAGAAAGAGUCUCGACAGGGACACCCGCAAGCCAGAGAGCAAUUGCAAGAUCGUCAGUUUCUUUUCAUUGACCAAAUACAUGAUGGGUUCACUCCAGACUUGCAGAAGGCCACUUCCUUUUUCGUGAGGCGCAACGUCUAUUUUACCUUUUUCAGCGAUCUGAGAAUACCAGAUAUGGACCGGGAGAUGGGAGAUGCACCUCCGGACCCUGACUUACCUACGUCUCCACUUUUCGUUCCGAGAGAUCAUUCACCUCCGGAUUUAGGAACAGCUCCCAUAGACACAUCAAGCCACCAUGAUGCCAGUCCAGACCGUGAGCGACAGAAAGAGAUACGUCGGGAGAGACGCCAAGAGAAGCGAGAUAGAAAGUUGCAGAAGCAACAGAAACGAGAAUAUCAGCUGGCUCGCUCGGAAAACCAUCCAAGGUCCAAUCCUGGCAACCUAUCCACAUCACGUUCUGCAUCUGAAAUGGAGCUCACUCGCAAUGAUACAAUGGAAGUCGGAGAAUCGGAGCAGAGACUAGAGAUAAUGACCAAUAGUGAGGCUGGAUUGGCUGCUAGAAGUGGAAGUUCGGCAGACGAAUCUGAGAUUAUUCCCCGGGGACUCGCUAUGCCCGAUGAACCAGAACAAGGGUCACAUAUCGAAUUGGGUCGGAUGCUCAGCGUGGAAGAGGAAUCAAGAAUCGACAUCGAUAAUGCUGAGUUGGACACAGAAAGUCAGCAGCUGCAAGUGAUUGAAGAAGAAAGCACAUCUGGGAGAGUAUCCCCGCAUGAUGAUCACAUGGAGGAGCCCGCAGACGCACAGAAUGGCGAAGCGGUAGAGACAACAGAGUCACCAUGGCCGAUGGGCGAAAAUGAAAGCACGCUAAGAAUGUUGGAAGGACGUGAGGCACCGGAUGAAGCACAGGGCCCGUCUAGGUCUAUGAGCAGAAAAAGUCACAUAAGGGAAAGCCAGAGGAGGAAACCAUAUGACCGGACACAGCGGCGGCGCCAGCGAGCACCUGAGCUGCUCAGCUCAACACCACAGGAUGCUUUGGAGCAGGAAAUAAACACACUAUUGCAGCCGACACAUAUGGGUGUUCAAGUUCCAACGGCAAGGCCUCUCACCACAAUCGAUUUUCUCGAAGAACACCGUCGACCACAAGCUAGAGCAGAUGUAGAGCUUAGUCGCCCGGAAGUCACAGAAGCGAGAGAUGCCCUGACCGGUGCAGAUAAGACAACAGAAAACCCGGGAUCAAUUGAUCAGGAGCGCGAAUAUCAUGUAGCGGUGGGUUCUGGGGCAGAGCCAUCUAGACAAUCGUCAGGGAUUGUACCUGUGGGUGACUCGCCGCAAGUUCAUGGAGGGGUACAGCAAGAACCCGUGGCGGAAGCCACUCCUCACAUCUCGCCGCGUGCAAGUGUCGAGGCGGCAGAGGCUCCCAGUCAACCAGAAACAACCCCGCACGCGGAUGAAGGAAGAACAGGAUAUCAAGUAGAGGAACAGGGCGGUAUCCAAGGCCGAGAGGAGGCUGCUGAGUCUGACUCAGAGGCUCUAGACAAAGCUUCAAAAGUGACGAUAAUAUUCCGUGCACGUGAUAAGAACGGCGAAUGGAACCAUAUGGUCCAUCAAAUGGUGGUCGACCGAUCCGAUCCGUCUCCUGUGGAAAGAAUGGCGGCAAAGAAUGCGCGCGAGCGACAUGCUACUUAUUAUGAUAAAAAUCUGCGUCAGGUGGCCCCUGCACUGUGCUUCAAUGCAGCGGUCGAAGAUGGUACAAAUACUGUCUUCAUGACAUUGGGUGACGAUCUAGUUCACAGUGAAGAAACGAUGGAUUCAAUCACGCGGGCACUACAAGAUGACAGCGACCGGGAUCGAGCGGCGAAACGCCGGCAGUAG